AUGCCGUGCCGGACGCUGACGCGCGCGCUGACGGUCCUGGUGUGGGCGCUCUUCAGCACGAGCGCGGCGCUGCUCGGCAUGCUGCCCGUUCGAGGCUGGCUGUGGAGGCCUGACCCCAGGCCGUGGCCGGCCGCGCUCGCGUGGGGCGUGUUCCUGUCCACGUCCAUGUGCAUAACCAUGUACGGCGGCUCCCAAGACUUGCGGUCUACGACGGGCAACUCGGCGUUCAAGUCGGCGAUGUUCGCGUACCACGGCGUGCUGCGGAUGCUGGAGGGGAGCGAGCGCUGCCGGCGCCGCGGCGAGCUGUGCGCCCUGGUGCAGUGCCUGCGCCUAUACUGCGCCUCGCACCCGCUGUCGCCCAGGGGAUGGAGGGCUCUGCUCGGCAUCGCGUUGUUCUGUACGGCGUACGGCGUUUUUAACGGGUUCACGUCCAUGUGGUGGAUCCAGGGUCGCACCUCCGCGUUGGACUUCGAACGCGUGCUGUGGGCCACGUUCAACGUCGGGCUGCAGCUGUACACCCUAACUCUCUCCGGCUUCACGGGGCAGCUCGCGCGAGACCUGCGCCAGGACUGCCUCCGUGCCCUGCGCGCGGCCGGCGCCUGGGUCCCGGACCACAACGGGCACGUCGCGGCCAUGCCCAGCGACGAGGCCCGCCUGGUGUGGCCCGCACGCCGGAGGAGCACAGCCCCGGCCGCCAGGAAGGGUGUCGGUGGCAUGCCGUCGGGGGGGCAGGUCAGCCCCGGGGACAGCCUGGGGGACGCCCUCGACGGCACCCUCAGCGACAGAAUCCGGGACCCCUGGCGUGCGAGCAGCCCUCGCGACCAGUUCUGCUGGCGGCGGUUGCGCGUGCGACACAUGGAGCUGGUCGACAUGGGCUGCAUGGCCUCCGCCAUCACCAGCUGGCAGGUCCUGACCAUGAUCGUCUUCACCGUGACUUACUGUUCGAUCUGCGUGUCGACGACCAUCGGGAGCCUCACCGAGGUGCAGGACGGCCCAGUCGACUACCUUUUGUACAGGAUAAUGCCCCUGCAAGCAGGUUUGGGGCGGCUACUGUUUUUCGUGUUUGCCUGCUACACCUUUCAGCAAGCGGCUCAAGAGGUACCAAAAAUGUCUGUGUUAAGGUGCUAGUUCCUUGAUUGAGCCAGCACGAUCUCUAUUCGACAGCAUGUCAAGCUCGGUCAAGCGUUGCAGGGCUUUCUGGCGGACGCUCCAGAUGUACCGUUCGCAGUAAUUCGUGAGAUUGAGAAAUUUAUCGUUCAAAUUGCUCUUUUGGAUGGCUAUUUCAACGUUCUCGGAAUGUUUCGCCUUGAUAUUAGUGCUAUGAGAACUAUUCUGGCGGCUACUGCGACGUAUCUCUUCGUGCUCACGCAGUUUAGACUGUCCUUGUAUUAGCGAGCAACGCAUCUCUGAUGUGCAGAUGAUUCAAUGUGUUUGCCCGGAGAAGAAAAUAAUUUUGUUUUUAUCAAUAAGUAAUUAUCUAUUACUUAUUCUAGUUAGAGCUAGUCUGCAACGACAAACACUGUGAAAAAUUGUCGUACUGGGUACAGGAGGAUUUUCCAUAAGAUGGCGAGCGGUUACGAUUAGAAAUUGUAAAUUUACAAGCACUGCGUUAUGGACUAUGAAUCGUGUCGAGCAAGAGUGGGAGGUUGUAUACACAUGCACGACACGUUUUAAGUGGUACAUUACAAAAUAUACCGUACAUGUACGAACAGAUUUUUUACUGUGAAGGCGGAUGUGUGUGGCAGUGGCAGGCCGCAGGCCGCUGCUGACUCAGAGACGCUUUCGUCUUGCUGUAGGCAGUUAAUUCCGAUGUAGAAAGUCGACGGACCAUCAUCUGAGAUUAGAUACGGCCGAUCUGAUGAGCCGACGGACUUCUCACGGAUUGCAGCCACGGAUUAGUUAAGGGCAACUCAGGCGCGGUUUUAUUGGUUUUAUUGGGGGGGGGGGAAGCACCCAAAAAAGGGGGCGAGAAAUCAGGGGUCUAGAACACGCUUUCCCGGGUGAAAGUCGAUCGCCCCC